CCCCCCCCCCCCUCCACAGCGCGCCCUGCCCCUCUAUCACAUAUCCCCACUGUUCAGCUUUCCGCCGCGUUCUCCCCGCUCCGGAUAUCGCAUCCCCCUCUCCUCGCUCUUCCUGAAGAAUCCGCAACCAUGUUCACCCCGAUGAACCAGAUCCGCCUGACCAAUGUGUCCAUUGUCCGCCUGCGUAAGGGUGGCAUCCGCUUUGAGAUCGCCUGCUACAAGAACAAGGUGAUGGAGUGGCGUAACCGUGUCGAGACCAACAUCGACAAUGUCCUUCAGAUCGACAACGUUUUCCUGAAUGUCUCGCGUGGCACCGUCCCCAACAAGGAGCAGCUGAUGAAGGCCUUCAAGACGGACGACGUGAAGAAGAUCAUCCUCGAGAUCCUCGAGAAGGGCGAGUUCCAGGUCGCCGAGCGCGAGCGCCAGCAGCACUCGGAGAACCUUUCGCGCGAGGUGGCCCAAAUGGUGUCGGACAUGUGCAUCAACCCGGAGACCAACCGUCCGUACCCGGUGACCAUGAUCCAGAAGGCCAUGACCAGUGCCAAAUUCACGCCGAAGGCCAAUGCCGGCGGCAGCGCCAGCAGCAGCACCAACGCCGUCAAGCAGCAGGCCCUGGAGGCCAUCCGUACUCUGCGGACCAGCGGCGUCCUGCCGAUCUCUCGCGCGCAGAUGCGUGUCUCCGUGACGAUGGACUCGGCCCGCGACGCCAAGCGCCUGAUGGAAAAAAUCCGCCCGCUGUUUUCUUCAAUCGAGAGCGAGGAUUAUUCGUCGGACUUCCAGCUCACGGCCCUGAUCGACCCCGGUGCCUUUGGCCCUCUGAAUGAUACCCUCAAUCAGGAGACCCGCGGUCAGGUUCAGCUGAAGUUCCUGUCUCUGCGUGAGGUCCGCGAGGGCGAGGAGCGCAUCCAGUGAGCCUCGUGCUCUUUCCUUUGUGACCGCCUUGACCCGGCCAAGACUAGACAUGCCUAUCGCUC